ACACACCACUACCCAGAACUUCCUGGGUGAGCUAGCCCCUAUCCCCACGGGCUGGGAUAGCCCCACCCGUAAACUAACGGAGUGGUGGAACAGCACGGUAACAGGCUCCAGGCACCGGGAGGUGGGGCAGCAAGCAGGGGCUCCACCUCCGGCCUGGAUUUCAAGUUCUCUGAACUGGUGGAAGCGCCGCCGGGGGCGGGCCUUCUCGCUUGUUACCACCGGCCGGCGGAAGUGCAGGGUCGGAAGUUGCGCGAUCGACCUGCGCCGACUCUGUGCGCCGCGCGCAGCCUGUGCGGAGGUGCUCGGUGCUGUUAUGGCUUCUAGUGGGGUGACGGUGAGCGCCUCCGGCUCGGCCAACGAGGCCCCCGAGGUUCCAGACAACGUAGGAGACUGGCUCCGCGGCGUCUACCGCUUCGCCACCGAUCGGAACGACUUCCGGAGGAACUUGAUCCUCAAUUUGGGACUCUUUGCCGCCGGAGUGUGGCUGGCCAGGAACCUGAGUGACAUUGACUUGAUGGCCCCUCAGCCCGGGGUGUAGCCACAUAAUGGAAUUCCUGUGUUGUACUCAAGCUUCCCAAGACAGCCUGCUGUCUUGGACCACGAGAUACUACCCUGGUGGCAGCUGAAGUUGACAGCUCUCCUUGUCUGAACCUCCACCCCACCCCUCCACCCCUGGGCAGCCCCCAGCUUCAGCUGAGAUGUUGCUUCUGCACAGUUCUGUGUGCAGUUCCCAAGUUUCUGCAGAGGGUGAUCUUUGCCCUUGUCCUGAGGAGUAGUGAUGGUUCUUGAAAAAAAUAUUUCAAAUAAAGCCUGCACACAAAGACA